UCACGCAUGCGUAAAAGAUUCCUUUUUUCCAGAAUUUUCAACGAGGUUGGUUUAGUCUGAAAAGUGAUCGAAACCACCCACUUAAAAUUAAUAUAUACCGACAAAUAAAAUACAAUAUCACAAUGGAGCCAAGCGAUGUCCCAGAUUCAAAUGCAACAGUCCUAUAUGUAGGAAAUUUAGACAAGAGAGUUACAGACCAAAUGAUGUUAAAUAUAUUACGAACUGGACUACAACAUAUAAAAGACAAAAUACAUUCAGCUAGCAUGUUUCCUCCAACUGACAUGAAUAGUAUGGAGGGAUAUUGUUUUGUACAGUUUGAGGAUAAUAAUUCUGCAUGCCAAGCAAUGACGUUUCUAAAUGGUAGAGAGUUUUGUGGAAAGAAAGUCAAAGUGAAUUGGGCUACAAACUCUGGAACUGGGGGUGUUCCAAAAGUCAUUGGAACUAGUGUAGCAAUAUAUGUUGGAAACUUAGAUGAUGAUAUAAAUGAAAACGAUUUGAAGGCAGCAUUUGAAGUUUUUGGUGAAAUACUAAAUGUUAAAGUAGUACGUGAUCCUGCAACAAACAGGAGUAAAAAUAUUGGUUUUAUCUCUUUCACAAAUAAACCAGAUGCAGAAAAGGCUAUUAGAGAUAUGCAUGGCGCUAUGCUAAGGGGACGUGCAAUUAAAACGAAUUGGGCUACUCGUAACCAAAACCAGAAAAAAGAGGAACUAGAUUAUGAUGAAGUAUAUAGCUCAACUAGUUCUGAAAACUGCACUGUAUACGUGGGCGGAAUACCAAAUAAUGUAUCAGAUGAUGUUGUCAGAAGACAUUUUGAGGAUUAUGGAAAAAUUGUAGAUCUGCGCAUAUUCGCUGCUAAAAACUAUGCUUUUAUAAAAUUCGAAAGUCACGCGGCUGCAGCAACUGCGAUAUGCAAAACCAAUGGCACUGAACUGAAUGGAUCUUGUUUAAAAUGUUGGUGGGGUAAAGAAGGACCAGACUCUGGCAGUUCUGGAGGACACAGCAACUAUUCAAAUAAUUCAUCACAUAGCAACUACAGUCACAGUAACUCAAGUGAUUCGUCGCAUUCAUACAACCAAUCAAACAUGACUCCACAGCAACAACAGCAAUAUAUGCAGUACAUGUACAAUAACCCAUAUUAUCAACAACAGUAUUACCAGUACUGGAUGCAACAAUACCAAAUGCAAAUGCAAAACAUGCAGAACACCCAAGGUGGAGCUGCAGGCGCUGCAGGGCAACAACAGCCAGCAGGAUACCAGUAUCAAGGUUACCAGCAACAACAACCAGGUGGAAACGCUGGAUACGGACAACAACAACAGCAACAAAAUCCUCAGCAAGGGGGCGCAGGAUUUCCGCCACAGAGUUAUCAAAAUUGAAAGAGAGGAAGAUCUGAUAUCGCUUACGUUGAACUUAGACCAGCCAAAUUGCGCCAACCAGGAUGGCCACAUUGUAAUGCAUUUGUCGUGAAAUAGUCUCUUUUUAUUGUUUUAUAA